GAUUCGGACUUCGAGACUGCAAUCCACAGCACGCGGGUCUUUUGCCGCCCUCCGUACAUGGUAAAGGUCGCUGUCAGAGGAACGAAGUGCCACCGUUGUGACUGCUGGAACCCGGCGCAAGGGUUCGAAGGCUUCCAGCGUGUCCUUCAGAGGUGCGCAACAUGGUGGGAUGAG